AUGGUUCUGGCAAAAUCGAAGAAGAGCGUGGGGCUUGGCAAUACGUUGAUGAAUGAUCGUUUCGGCAAAGGCAAGGGAAGCGACAGAAAGAAGCAGUCUUCCAUCACUAGAACUAAUCACGCCACCGGUGAACAGUAUCUUGUCAACGAGAAGCAAGAUGCCUCCUGGGUCAAGAUGCGCUCCGUCACGGAGCAGGGCGCUCUGGAUGAAUUUUUGGCAACGGCGGAGCUGGCGGGAACUGAUUUUACUGCCGAGAAGAUGAACAAUGUGAAAAUUAUUCAUACCGACCAGAAGAACCCGUAUCUCCUCUCUGCCAACGAAGAGCGCACUGUACUUGGCAAGCACAAGAUGCACAGAGGUCGUCUGACCGUCCCCAGAAGACCACACUGGGAUUCCACCACCACACCGCAGGAACUGGAUGCCAGAGAAAGAGACGCCUUUUUAAGCUGGAGGAGGGGGCUUGCAGAGCUGGAAGAGAACAAUGAUUUGCUCAUGACGCCCUUUGAGCGAAAUUUGGAAGUCUGGCGCCAAUUGUGGCGAGUUAUUGAGCGAUCCGACCUCAUUGUGCAGAUUGUGGAUGCUAGAAAUCCGUUGCUCUUCCGCUCUGAAGAUCUCGAGAUCUAUGUCAAGGAUGUUGAUCCGAAGAAGGAGAAUCUGCUUUUAAUCAACAAGGCAGAUAUGAUGACUCUGGCUCAAAGAAGAGCGUGGGCUAAACACCUGAAGAAAGCUGGCAUCGCCUACAAGUUCUUUUCAGCUCAGUUGGCGAAGGAGCUGAAUGAAGCAAGGGACGAAGAUGGUGGAUCAGAGGACGAGGUGGAAAAGCCAUCCUCCCACAGUGCCGGCAAACAGCCCGCAACGGGCGAGGACUCGUCGGAAGAGGAAAGCGAGGAUGAUGGCGGUGCUCCAACUGCAGUUGAUGAAGAUGAGGACACCCAGAUUCUCACCGUUGAAGAGUUAGAGGACAUAUUUCUCCAACAUUCUCCCAAAGAUGCAGCAUCGGAUCACAAAUUACAAGUAGGAUUGGUUGGAUACCCCAACGUCGGAAAAUCAUCCACCAUCAACGCUUUAAUAGGCGCCAAGAAGGUUUCAGUCUCAUCAACACCCGGAAAGACCAAGCACUUCCAGACGAUCCACUUGAGCGAGAAUGUCAUUCUCUGCGAUUGCCCCGGUCUCGUGUUUCCCAACUUUGCCUUUACCAAAGCUGAUCUUGUCUGCAAUGGCGUGUUGCCCAUCGAUCAAAUGAGAGAGUACACCGGCCCCGUAGGGUUGGUCACUCAGCGAAUCCCACAGAGAUUCCUCGAGGCCAUCUAUGGCAUUCAGAUCAAGACACGCCCCCUCGAGGAGGGUGGCAGUGGUAUCCCGACUGGAGAAGAACUGCUGCGCGCGUAUGCAAGGGCCAGAGGCUUCCAAACUCAAGGCCUAGGUCAGCCCGACGAGGCCAGAGCAUCUCGCUACGUCCUGAAGGACUACGUCAACGGCAAGCUGCUCUUUGUGCACCCACCGCCAGGAAUCGAGGACGCCAAGGCCUUCAAUCGAGAGCUGUACAGCGAAUUCAACCUCCCUGAGAAGCGGCGCGCCGCGCUCGCUGCUGCGACCGAGGCCAUGUCGCUGAAGGACGACGACAGCGUCACAGUUGACUCUGACAUGAUAUCCAUCCCCGCGGGCCCAAAGACGGAGAAGCUCGACGCCCGCUUCUUCGGUCCUGACAAGUCCCAGGGCCACAUCGCCAUGCCUUUCAACCACAAAUACACCGAGCAGGGCCAGGCUGCUGGCAGAAUGCUUACUGGAAGAAAGGCCCGCACCGUCGUUGCGUUGGAGAACGGGAUAGACCCGAAGGACGUGCAACUAUUGAGCAGCAAGAAGCACUUCAAGGGCGGGGCUAAGAAUGGCAAAAGCAAGAAGCACAGAUACAUGAACACGGAUGACUAA